AGACUGGUGGAAAGGGCAAGGGAAAGUAGGGAGGCAAGAGAAAAGUCCUAUGAUGAUUAUCAUUGGGUUACUUUGUGCGAAGAUGCCGCGAAGCUAAAAAAGCUCCGUGUGCCAGAAUUGAACAAAUACUUACAACAUCAUGGGCUAUUAAAACAGCAUCAGAAGAGCAGCAAGAAUGACAAAGUGAAGACAAUUAUGGGAUACUUCCUGCAGAUGAAUACUCUAAGAACAGGUCAAGCCGAAGUGAGAGGCAGCAAUAAAUCAGGUCAACUAGACAGCAGUGGUGAAAGCAGUGAGGGAGAAGAAACUGAUGAUGAUUACAAGAGUGAUGCAUGCCCCUGA